GGGAGUGGGGCGGUCCUUUGCGGAAUCAUCUAGACUCUCUGAUCUGUAAAAGGAAAAACCCUAAUUCCAUUGUGUGUGCGAUUUUAAUGGUGAUUUUCCUUACCUCUAGGGUGUCUGCUUAAGCUGCUUUUCCUUUGAAUCUGUGCUUGCCAAUGAUUGUCCCGUUCUAAACAGAAUUAGGUUUCAAUUACGUUCGUAGUAUCACCAUGGCCAACCUUCUCAGCGAAUUGGAGAGAUUCGAGCAAGAGAUGAAGGAAUUGGACGAUACACAACCUUCUUCAUCUUCUCCACGCACUGUAACAGAGCCUGGCACACAUUCCUCCAGAGAUGGCAUUACCCGAUCGGAACCAUCUUCCACCCCAAUUAUUUCUCCACCAAAACCACCGUCUACCAUUGCUCAAUCAGCUUCUGUGGCCUCUGUUACACCUCAAUCGCAAUGGAAUAACAAUGGUAUUAGACCUAAUUCAUCGGUUGGUCUACCUUUACCUCCCCCUAAUACCUCAUCUUCUUCACAAUUUACAUUCUCAAAUGCAUCAUAUGGCAGUGGGCCUGCGAUUCCAACUCCACCAAUCGCAUCGGUUCCAACACCACCUGCACCAUUCUUUCCUCUACCUUUUCAUCUUCAAAAGCCAGGUGAUCAACUUGUUCAACAACUACCAGAGCAACAAUAUCUUAUUCAGGAGCAACAACAAACAGAGCAACAGUACCAUGUUCAACCUCAAUAUGCAGUUCCACAGUUCCAACCUCCUAUUCAGAAGCAAUAUCCUUUGACGCAACUCCCCCAACCUCCCAAAGUUCAAGUACCACAGGUUACGUAUCCUCAGAUGUAUCCUGCUCCAGCACUGUAUCCUGCUCCAGCACCUGUAGCAGGGUUAUAUUCUCUACCCCAGUAUCAACAGGCCCAGCAGUUGUUCCAGAGGGAUGCUCAGACCAUCACACCGGAAGCUCUCGAGAGUGUGAAAGCCGCUCUUGCUAGCAGUGAAAAUGAACACAAGGCAGAAACAAAGAAGAAAGCAUUACCUCGAAAAGCUGCAGGGCAGACAUGGGAGGACCCAACACUUGCAGAGUGGCCUGAAAAUGACUAUCGCUUAUUUUGUGGGGAUCUUGGCAAUGAAGUGAAUGAUGAGGUUCUUUCGAAAGCAUUUUCACGUUUUGCUGGCUUCAACAUGGCUCGAGUGGUUCGAGACAAGCGGACGGGGAAGACCCGAGGUUAUGGGUUUGUUAGUUUUGCUAGUCCUUCGGACCUUGCUCUCGCAUUGAAAGAAAUGAAUGGUAAAUAUGUUGGAAAUCGCCCAAUCAAGCUGCGAAAGAGUAAUUGGAAGGACCGGACAGAUUACGAAGCCUUGGAAAGGCAAAAGAACCAUACUCAGAAGAAACCCAAGCUCCCAAAGAAGGGUAUCCUCCACAAGUAAUGCUAUCACCAGGUGACAUGAGUGUCUGAUGGUAUAAUCACUCAAACCCUCCGAUGUACCAUUAUUCUUUCAAAUGAUAGUAAUUCACUUUGAGAUAUUUUUAACCUAUGGUAAGGUCUCUGUUCUUACUGAGAAGAAAAAAGAGAGGAGAUGUGCAUGAAAGGCUUAGAAUCUUUACCUCUUUCCUGUAAAAUAGCUUCUCUAAUUGACGACAAAUUUUGUUGUAGUCGCCAUAUAGAUAUGGAAAAAGAAUGAUAUAAGGAGGCUGCCAAAUGUGAGUAUAGUUGAUUUA